UUUCCAGCAAAUGUAGACCGAAAACUCCGGUGUAGCGAGACCGUACCGUACCGCGGAAAGCACAGUGAAAAAAAAAAAAGAAAUUGUCAAGAUAGUAACUGUCUUCUACUAGGGGAUAUACGUUUCUUUUUUUUCGCUCCUUCACGUUGUCGCCGGUGGAAAGUAAAGUGAGUUUCAGUGGUGUCUCGAAGUGCGUGACUCGAAUUCCGGUUUAAGUGUGUGACGGAACCGGCCGGUUUUCUACACAUUCGAUUUUAUUUUCUGCCACAAACAAAAGCAGGAUACGGUGUGUUGCAGUGGGAGCCGCAAAAAGGAAAAAAAAAAACGUAAGGACCCCAGCGCUCAAGAAGGAAGCUGGAACCUGUUCUACUCUGCCGCCCGUAUAUUCGUGAAUCACGAAUAUCCCGAAGGCUGCAUACUGCUCGAGCUUGAGCGCCAACGAACAAACCCCUCCUGACGUGUGGUAUCCGUAGUAGCAACCACAACAAACAAAACAAAAAAAAAAUCGGCGAUUGCAUUUGCCCUAUCCGCUGUCUGCUCCAGGAAGUGAUAAGUGAUACUCGACUGAUGUGAUAGAGAAAAAAAAACAAAAAAAAAGUGAAGACAUACAAGUAACCCAGAGCUGUGCUCAAUCUUUAGAAAAGCGGUUCCGGUGCAGUGCGGAGACUCCUUUCUCACAUACACAUACACACACACACACAUAGCAGUGAAGAGUAGAAGAGAGACGAAUAAAGGGAGCCUCUUUUGAAAGUGUAAUCAAGUGAAUUAAUCAGGCGUGUUUUUCCGCUGUGUAAGUGCUUGAUGUGCGCCUGAGCUCGCCAAGUGGAAACGUGAUCGACCGUGGAAUAGUGCAAGCGGAAUUUGCAUCGACCCUCAGACUCGGCGCGGUCAAAAUCAACCCACCCAGUGCACCGGGAAGCUCCGCCGCGGAAGCAUGGCAUGGCGAUUUAAAGCAUCGAAGUACAAGAACGCCGCCCCGAUCGUACCAAAGCCGGAGACCUGCAUUCGGGACAUUUGCGUGGGCUCCUACCAGACCUAUGGGAACAAUAUUGCCGCCUCGGCCGCCUUCAUCGCCUUCAACUGGGAACACGCGGGCUCCAGCUUAGCCGUGCUGCCGAUCGAUGACUGCGGCCGGAAGAGCAAAACCAUGCCGUUGCUGCACGCGCACUCGGACACGGUAACUUAUCUGGACUUCUCGCCCUUUCACGAUGGAUUGUUGGCGACUGGCUCGCAAGAUUGUCUCGUGAAGGUGUGGCACAUUCCGGAGAAGGGUCUGGAGAGUUCGAUUUCGAAUCCGGAAUGCACCUUUUCCACCAAGCAGCGCCGGGUGGAAACGGUUGGGUUUCAUCCCACGGCCGAUUGUCUGCUGUACUCGACCGCGGUGGGUUGUGUGACCUUGUGGGAUUUGACCAGCCAGCAGGAAUCGUUCUCUAACAACCAACAUCCAGAGGUUAUUCAGUCUCUUAGUUGGAAACAGGAUGGAGCGCUUUGCGCCACCAGCUGUAAGGACAAGAUGGUUCGGAUUUUGGAUCCUCGGGCGGAAACGCCUAUCAUGAUGAUCGCGGAAAGUCACCAAAGCAUCAAGGAUUCUCGGGUGGUGUGGUUGGGCGAUCAGAAUCGAAUUCUCACAACCGGAUUCGAUGCGGCUCGGUUGAGACAAGUGUUGAUUCGGGAUUUGAGAAACUUUUCCACACCCGAGAAGACCCUGGAACUGGAUUGCUCCACCGGAAUACUGAUGCCGCUUUACGAUCCCGACACCAACAUGUUGUUCCUGGCGGGGAAAGGUGACACCACGAUAACGUACUUGGAGGUGACGGAUAAGGAUCCGUAUCUGAUCGAGGGCAUCCGACAUUCCGGCGAGCAGACGAAGGGAGCAUGUUUAGUACCAAAGAGGGCACUGCGUGUGAUGGAGGGCGAGGUAAACCGCAUUAUGCAGCUGACGUCCAAUUCGGUGAUACCAAUUAUGUACCAGGUGCCGAGAAAGACCUAUCGUGAUUUUCACGGUGACCUCUACCCAGACACCGUGGGAUUCAAAACCGAACUGACGUCAACCCAGUGGCUAAAUGGAGUCAAUAUGGCCGUUCCAAAGAUUAGCUUGGAUCCCGCUAAGCGAGAGCUGGGCGAACAACCGAUUAUCAUCCUCAGGGGCAACCUGACGGAGGUGGUCAAGAAUAUUGCCAAUAAAUCGAAGAACGUGGCAAAGACAGACAGUUGCACUGCGGCAAAAAUCGACAAGGAAGCGAUUGUCAAGCCAGCUUUCGUACCCAUCAAGGAUAAGAUCAAACAGAUGGAGCAGCAGUCGAUAAGCGAAAAAAGUGAGUUCGAGCAGAAGUUUAAGGAGGUUAUGUCGAGUAAAGAUAAUAAAAACGCAGAAAACGCUAACACCAUCAUCGAUCCGACGAAGGCAUGCUAUGAGCACGAAAGCAACGGUAACCAUCCGAACCAAACAAGCCAGGACGAUGAUGGAAGCGUCGAGGAGUCAGAUCAACCGGGCGAAAUGACACCUCCGAAGCCUAUGCCGCGAACGUCCCGAAACAAUUCGGUUUCCGAGCAGCUUUCCGGGGCGGGCGACGAGAUACAAGUCGUUCCUGCUCCGCGCCCGAUCGCUAGACCUAGAACUACCUCCACCGGAUACAAGCCGCGUCUCGGCCCAAAGCCCUUCUGCAGUACGGGUUCGUCUAGCGAUUUCUCGUUCGAUAAAGUGUUCAACGUGCCGCAGGCUCCCGGCUCGGAGAAUGGCGAUUCGUUGAAGGACUCCAAUGACAACACCCAGGAAAACAGUUUGGCAUCGAAUGGGAGCAGCGAAGAGGCCCACGAGAAUGGUAACUGUAAGGAUCAAGAUGGCGAUGGUGUAGAGGAGGUCAUGCUGCGACACAAGGCUUCCGAUGAGGAGGACAAUCAACGGAUCAUUUCCACCGCCGAGCGAAGGAAGUCUGGGGACCGUGAAAAGAUUUUCGAAUCGAAACUGUCCACCGAAUCGGAGGAUCAAUUCGACGCUGGACCUGAUGAUAAAGUAAAUCAAUUCGAACGGUUGAGCGGACAGAGAACGAGCAUCGCCGAGCGGCGUCGGAUGUACGAGAAUCGAUCGCAAAGUGUGCAGGAGGAAAAGCCAGCGUCACCCGUUCCUCUCAGACGUCGUGAAUCGCUCAAAGUUCGUGGCGAACAAAAGACAGACGAAGAAGCGAUGCCUCCCCCAGCCAGUGUAGAAUUCAUCCGCAAUCGAAGCGAUCUCUGCAAGGAUAACAUUCCGUCGGAUAUCAGCAAGCGAGGAGGAGGAGGAGGUAAUAGCAAUAACAGUUCCACGACGACUACUUCCAAGCGCACUUCGACCGUUUUUGGACGUGUCUCCAAGUUCCGUCAUCUGAAGGGAACUCCUGGGCACAAAUCGACCCACAUUGAGAACAUUCGUAACUUAAGCCGACAGAUACCGGGCGAAUGUGAUGGCUUCCAGGCGAAUCCGGAGCGUGCUGCAGUACCGAUUGCCGGGGCCGGGGGCAAGAUCGCUAUAUUUGAGCUUAGCAAGCCAGGACGUCUUCCGGACGGUGUGAUUCCCUCGCUGGUGAAUGGGAACAACAUCAUGGACUUCCAGUGGGACCCAUUCGAUAACAAGCGUCUAGCGGUGGCUUGUGAUGAUGGUACGGUGAAGAUUUGGGCUAUCCCCGAGGGGGGUCUCACCGAGCCCACGAAUGAACCGGAGAAGGAACUGUUCGCCCAUUCGGACAAAAUUUACAUCAUCAGAUACCACCCGUUGGCGAAAAAUGUCUUCCUCACGGCGAGCUACGAUAUGACGCUGAAAAUUUGGGACUUGGAUACUUUAGCGGAGAAAUAUUGUCUGAAGGGACACACAGAUCAGAUCUUCAGCUUCGCUUGGAGCCCUUGUGGAACGUACGGAGCAACUGUGUCGAAGGACGGGAAGAUUCGGGUGUAUAAUCCACGAAAGUCGGAGAAUCCCAUCCGCGAGGGGAAUGGCCCAGUGGGAACUCGUGGCGCGCGCUUGGUUUGGGCGAUUGAAGGAGACUACAUUGUGGUAACUGGAUUCGAUAAAGUAUCGGAACGACAGAUCUAUGUGUAUAAAUCGACAGAUUUGAAUGCUCCUCUGGGAAUGGUCGGCUUGGAUGUCUCUCCCGCGAUUCUCAUCCCCUUCUACGACGAAGAUAGCUCGACCAUUUUUGCCACUGGGAAGGGCGAUUCGACCAUAUACUGCUUCGAAAUAACCGAAGAAUCACCCUUCAUCUGUCCCCUCUCUCAUCAUCGCUGCUCCUCGCUAACGCAGGGACUCACCUUCUUCCCCAAGAACCAAUGCGACGUCGCAUCGGUCGAAUUUGCCAAAGCACAAAGACUUACCAAUGGUACGAUUGAGCCAUUGAGCUUCACGGUGCCCCGCAUCAAGAGUGAACUGUUCCAGGAUGACCUUUUCCCUCCCACCAAGGUGUUGUGGGAGCCGACCCUCAGUGCGGCUGAAUGGUUCAACGGCAAAGACAAACCAGUCGCUCGGGUCAGUCUACAACCGGAGGGCAUGGAUACAUUGUCAUCUAUCCAGCCGAACGUGGCGGCGCAAACGCCGGCGAAAAAAGGAGGAGACAACAUCAACCAAAUAAUAGGGCAGCAAACGCAGUUCAAUAAAGCCUGGAGCGCGGAUUUGGUACGAUCGAAGCAGGAUGAGAUUAAAAACUCCGUCAGCUCUCGUAUGCCGGUCAACCGAAAGCUCGAACAGGACGACAUGGAAGGCGUGGACGAGAAGGAAUGGGAGGAGUAAAACCAACAAACCACUGUAUAAUACGCUAAACCUAAAGACUAUGGGAACUAGUAGCCGAUACGUUAUAAGUAAAGGAAAAUCUUUCUUACACACAUUUUAUACACAUCUAACAAGCAUGACAAAGCUGAAACCCAUGACCACCACCACAUCAUCAUAAACUGGAAAGUCAAAUAUUUUAAACUGUAGCAGCAUCAGCAGCAAAUCACCAUCCCAUCUCUCGACCCUCUAGCAUAGACUGUUUGAAUGUGACAAAUCCAACCAACUGCCAAUCAAAAGAUGACUUUACUGACCAAAAAGCACUGCUCUUUCGUUGAUAUUACUUGUAGGCAGAAAACCGAUUGACUUGCCUCUUUUUAUAUCAGACACCAUAAGAUAUGAGGCCAACAUUUGUAGAACGAUUCGACUUCGGUGAAGCUUUAAAUUUUGUCAAGCCCACGCCCGCGUUAAGACACGUGACUAAACACACAUACAGGAAGCUAGUCAAAUGAGAAUGCUCAAACCAAUCUGCUGUAAGUGUAAUGCUAAUUAUAGGAACGGUACCACAUGCGCGUGUGUAUCUCUCCACCUAGGCUAAAUGGGAAGGGAAGUCGAUAAUUUGAUGGUGGGCUGUGAUUCGGCGAAUGCACAAAUUCUUACCGGAAUGGACGGUAUGCGGAGAAAAGGGAGAAAGCUCUAGAUUGUGUUACGGCUGAACACGAAUGAAUGAUAAGAUGUGGGACGAUACCUUAAAUAUGGCAAUAUUACUGACUGGAGGAAACGUAGUAGGCGUGAAAAAAAAUUGCGCUGCAUAUUUAUUUUCCACACAACAAAACAGUUAAUUGAAAUAUUGUGAUGAUUUCUUAUUUAAAUUUAAAUAUUUAAGAAUUGGGUAUUGUUUAUGUUUUUAACCAGUGCAGAAAUUUAUGUGUGCCAUCGCUAAUUCUGAUUGUGCUUGUAAUCUUACCGUCGAGGAUCAAAUAGGUACAUUUUUAUGGACAAAAAUCAAUUUUGAUUUCAGUGUUUACAAACCACAAAACGAAGAUUUCAGCUUUUUUCGAUAGGUAUAAUGUAUACACGUUUCGUACGCUAUUCUAUUUAAUUCAGGAAACAAGCAUUUGUGUCUGCAUUUAUUACCGUAACAUCAUAUUGAGUGAUCUCUGUCCCACUUAAAAUUAAAACACAGUAAUUAUUUACAAUACACACCGAUGCGUGUGUAUUGACGGUUCGAGCGAAUCUAAUUAAAAACAUAACUGUAUUUGUAUCAAGUAUUGUACAAUUAUUGGAUCAUUAUUAUAUAGAUAUUAUAGCGAGUCAACUAAAAGUAAAAAAAAAACUAGGUAAAAUUCUCUAUCACGUAUAUCAAACAUGAUUUGAUUUUUCAUUCAACAACAUUUAUGAUUGUGCUCGCUCUAAUGGGCAUAUUAGCUUUUGCGAGACGAUAGCUGUGACGCUACUGGGGGCGUGGAUGGGGUCCACCAGGACGCAGGAACGCAUGAACGGAACGGUGUGUGCUCUGGGAACGUGACAAAAGCACAGCAUUUUUUACAAGGACAUAAACAGUAACAAAACAAUAAGUAUAUAUACAAUAUCAUAUGUACGUUGCUUAACGCAAAAAUAUGAGAAGAUAAAUAUACAAUUAAUAAUGAAA